GAAUUUCGCGGCACACGUUAUGCCCCCGGCUCAACCACGCCUCGCGUCGCACGGUAAAGUUCGACGGCCAUAUUGACUGUCUACACCUCCUCUCUUGCCCGGCGGUGAAACUGGCUCAGUCGCUUCAUACAUCACACUCCAUACCAAGGCUGAGAAACAGCGGAGUGUCUUAACGGUAAACAAAUCGAUCUAUUUUGGUCGCGUUGGAUAUAUAAAGUAGACUACCCUGUGGACCCAGUUUACCAUUUUCUGAACGCAGUCCAUCUACUGAGGCAGUGGAGCCCAGGGCGAGUCAACGAGACGGAGGACGAUUUCUUUGCAUUUUCUCAGCAGAAGGGCAAGGCUGGAGAGAGGACAAAGAUGCCCAAACCGAUCAAUGUGCGGGUCACCACCAUGGAUGCAGAGCUGGAGUUUGCCAUCCAGCCCAACACCACCGGCAAACAGCUCUUUGACCAGGUGGUGAAGACAGUGGGCCUCCGGGAGGUGUGGUUCUUUGGCCUGCAGUACACAGACAGUAAAGGCUACAGCACGUGGCUCAAACUCAACAAGAAGGUGACGCAGCAGGAUGUGAAGAAGGAGAACCCUCUGCAGUUUAAGUUCAGAGCCAAGUUCUUCCCGGAGGACGUGUCUGAGGAACUCAUCCAGGAGAUCACACAGAGACUCUUCUUCCUGCAGGUAAAGGAGGCCAUCCUGAAUGAUGAGAACUACUGUCCUCCAGAGACAGCUGUGCUGCUGGCCUCCUACUCUGUCCAGGCCAAGUACGCAGACUACAACAGAGACCUCCACAGGCCUGGCUACCUCACCUCCGACCGCCUGCUGCCACAGAGAGUCUUGGAGCAGCACAAGUUGACUAAGGAGCAGUGGGAGGACAGAAUACAGACCUGGCAUGAAGAACACAGAGGCAUGCUCAGAGAGGACUCAGUGAUGGAGUAUCUGAAGAUAGCCCAGGACCUGGAGAUGUAUGGCGUCAACUACUUUGAGAUCAAGAACAAGAAGGGAACAGAGUUGUGGCUGGGUGUGGAUGCGCUGGGACUCAAUAUCUACGAACACGAGGACAAGUUGACACCAAAGAUUGGCUUCCCCUGGAGCGAGAUCAGGAACAUCUCCUUCAGCGACAAGAAGUUUGUCAUCAAACCCAUCGACAAGAAAGCUCCAGAUUUUGUGUUCUAUGCCCCGCGGUUGCGGAUCAACAAGCGUAUCCUGGCGCUGUGCAUGGGGAACCACGAACUGUACAUGAGGAGGAGGAAGCCUGACACCAUUGAGGUUCAGCAAAUGAAGGCCCAGGCCAGGGAGGAGAAACACCACAAACAGAUGGAAAGAGCCCAGCUAGAGAACGAGAAGAGAAAACGAGAGCAUGCAGAGAAGGAGAGGGCGAAGAUAGAGAAGGAGAAGGACGAGCUUGUCGAGAGGCUCAGACAGAUUGAGCAACAGACGCUAAAGGCCCAGAAAGAGCUGGAGGAGCAGACACGCAGGGCCCUGGAGUUGGACCAGGAGAGGAAGAGAGCGAAGGAGGAGGCAGAAAGGUUGGAGGGAGAGAGACAGGCAGCGGAGGAGGCCAAGGCAGCGCUGGCUAAACAGUCCGCUGACCAGAUGAAGAACCAGGAACAACUGGCCGCUGAGCUAGGAGAAUUCACUGCCAAAAUCGCUCUGCUUGAAGAGGCCAAGAGGAAGAAGGAAGAGGAGGCGACUGAAUGGCAACACAAAGCCAUCUCAGCCCAGGAAGACCUGGAAAAGACUAAAGAGGAGCUGAAGUCUGUGAUGUCAUCACCCCCGGCGCCGGAGCACGAUGAGCAAGAUGAGACGAACGCAGAGGGCAGUACCGAGCUGAACAGUGACGGGGUCACCAGCCACCGCAGCGAGGAGGAACGUGUCACAGAGGUCCAGAAGAACGAACGCGUCAAGAAACAGCUGCAGGCUCUGAGUUCAGAGUUGGCUCAGGCGAGGGACGACACCAAGAAGACCCAGAAUGACAUGCUACAUGCGGAGAAUGUGAAGGCUGGGAGGGACAAGUACAAAACCCUGCGCCAGAUCCGACAGGGCAACACCAAGCAGCGCAUUGACGAGUUCGAGUCCAUGUAAGAGUCAGCGCCCUCCCACCCUCGCGUUGCCAUGAUAACAGCUAACUUUCUUGGAUAGCCGACCCUGCUCGUUCCCACCCCGUUCCCCCAAAUCCGUACUUGCAAAAAGGCCAGAGGUGUGUGGAUUCAAUGUCCCACCCACUACUCCUUGCCAAAGCUCUGCCCACUAGCGGUUGGCCAAUCAAACCGCUCCAUGCUUAGAGCUCCACCCAACCACAUCUGGAAUCAUCCAAUCUGGAAUGACAAGCAACAUAUCCUGCCGAAAUGAACUUCUCCUUGAGCAAAGGAUAAUUUAACCCUUGCAUGUCUGAUGUAAGAAUGGAUUUUUUAAAAAUAAUGUAGAGAGAAAUUAGUGAAUAUUUUGCUUUUAUUGAGAGAAUUGCCAUUUGUAGCUUUUUGAUGUUGUUGACAAGCAUGUAUGUAAAGCUUUAAAUAUCGUACCUUUUUUUUUGUGAUCAAGUAUUUAAAUGGUUUUCUUAAACUGCCUUAUUCGUCUCAUUUCAUUUACAUUACUUCAGUUUUGGUUUCAUAUUUAACUGUGGUGAGUUAGCUGUGCUCUAGUCAUGGGUCCGCUGAUGUUGAACCAGUGGUUUAAUUCCUGCAGAAUUUGAACACAGCUUUUUAUUUGUCCCUUCUAACCUAUACGUUUGAUGUGUUAUUCACCGUCCAUUGACAGUUUUGUUAACAUAUAUUUUGGUCCACAAUAAAGAAUCCAUGUAUAUUUCUUACUUCCAGUCAGUUAAAGUAUUUAUCCCAGGUUGGAUGAGGGUAGAAUGGGAGGGAGGCAGCAGUUCAAUAUUAUAUGAACGGAGUGGUAUGAGGAACUGUUUAUUUUGAACAUUCCAGAUGAAUCACCUUCCAGGCAUUUUAAGAAUGCGUGAAGGGAAAAUAACCAUUAAACCACCUGAGACAUUUUAGUGGUCUAAAUCAUGGUUUUGACACUAAGGUUAUGUAACAAAUGAUAUGUCUAGCUCCUCCUACAACUGGUAAAACAGUCUCUAGUCUAGACCGACGGGUUGCCUCCCACAAUGUAACCAAUGUUCCAGUCUGGGAAAUCUAAGACUAGGUAAAAUAGUAAUGUCAACUGUGUUAUCCUUAAAUGUCAACCAAAGUACAGUAUGUACUAUAUGUACCGACCUCUUCUAGAUGUGAAAUCAUUUAAGUGAAACCCAUAACUAACAUGGUGGUAACCCUUCCAAAGUACAUGUGUAGUGUUGUGGAUGACAACACACCAGGUUAUUCAUUCAACUUCAUCACCACAGUAAACGUAACCACUGUUUUGAUUUUAAAUUUAAUUUCAGAUGUCGCAGUUUAUUUAUGUACGCAUCACCUUCAGACAUUCCGUUCAGUAUGACAAUAAUAAAAAAAAUAGAUAUAAAAGUUGUGAAGAAUAUUUCAGGUAGGCCUAUUUGAAUUGACAUGCAAAAGUGGAGGAAAGUCUAGCAUUAUUAUCAUGAUGUUGAAAUGACGAGCUUCUUAUUAAGUGUCAUUAACCUGUCAUCCCAUUCAGUGUAGGAUACAGUACAUGUCUGACAUAUGCCCCCCAAGUGUUGACAUUUCAUUAUCACAUGAUACACACAUGCCUCACUAGCAUCCUACUGUAUCUAAAUUAACCUGAGAACAAUUUUGGCAGCAAACCCAUUCCUUUCCCCCCGAAAAAGACGAUCGUCACCACCUUGAGUAAGGCUUUAUUGCUUUAUUAUUCAUAACUCAUAAGGAGUCAACAUUUUCCAUUUGGCCUCAGUUCCCUGAAUCAGCAAGUAAGACUGCUACACAUGCCAGAGUAUUAUAAAGAGUCACGUGCUCUGGGGUUACGGUACUUAAAGCUCAUUGUUUUAACAUGUGUUGCCCCCCCCACACACACACAUUCACAUACUGUACAGUCACUAAGGCAAGAACAUCAACAUCACAUCAGGUCACAGUUCUCCAUUUUCCUCCAUUACAUUUUGGCUUGAAAUGACCCAUGUUGACCUGUGAAGAGAGGAUCAUCAUAAUACAUAUAUAACAUAGGCUAAACCUCAAUCAUUUUGCCAAUUGCUUUGAUCCCUGACGGGAAUACUGCAUCCCAACCUUAUUUUUUUCACUUUUAUAAGGCAUUUAUUAGAUUUAACAGUUUUAUUGUAGCACAAAUUAUGUUGGAUUUAAAGCACAACAGGGAUGAAUAUUUAAAUAAAUUAUACAUGGUAUUUGGA